CAGCUCGGCCCGACCGUCCGCUCGACCUACUGCCGCGAGCACGGCCUCGCGACCUCGAUGCUCGAGCGGCUGAUGAAGCUGCCGCUCUACGCGCCGCCCGGGGACGGCGCCUCCCCUCCACCUCCCUCCUCCGGCCCUCCCUGCGUCACCAAGCUGGUGCGCAAUUACCGCUCGCACGCCGCGCUGCUCUCGCUGCCGUCGCGGCUCUACUACGGCGACGCGGCGGCAGGAGGAGCGAGCUGCAGGAGUGCGCCGACCCCGCGACGGUUCCCGCUGCUCUUCUACGGCGUCUCGUCGGCGCACACGCACGAGGUGGACUCACCCUCCUUCUUCAACCCGGUGGAGGCGGAGAAGGUCGCGGAGCUCAUCGAGAGGCUGCUCGCCGCCAGCAAGGCGGACGGUACCGGCAUCACCACCAACGACGUUGCGGUGGUGACGCCGUACCGCAAGCAGGUGGUCAAGGUGCGGCAGCUGCUCCGCUCGCUUGGGCUGGGCGCGGUCCGCGUCGGCUCGGUCGACGACUACCAGGGACAGGAGGAGACGAUCAUCAUCAUCUCAACGGUGCUCGCGUCAUACGGCGACCGCAGCAGCCUCGGCCGGCUCGCGUCGCCGCACAGCCUCAUGUCGUCGCCGCAGCGCUUCAACGUCGCCAUCACGCGCGCGCGUGCGCUGCUCGUCGUGGGCGACCCGAACGCGCUGAUCGACGACCCGUCGUGGCGCGAGCUGCUCCGGUACGCGGUCGAGAACGACUCCUAUCGCGGCUGCCCCCACCCGCUAAUGAUGGAGGGCACCGAGGACGAGGCGCGUCUGAGAACACGAUGGCGCAGCUCGCCGACCACGUGGCGAACUCGGUGCUGGGCAGCGGCAACGCGGUCGCCAUGUUCCCCACCCUCGCGGGCGAGGCGACGUACGACGGCGCGUACGAUGAGUCGGACGACCAGCCCUGGCGCGUCAUGCUGUGACCCGCGCUAGGCCUACGGGCGGUGGCGCCCUCGCCCCUCCUGCCGUGGUUGUCAAUCCUUGCCGCGCAUCUGUCUAGUCAAGUACGUAUAUGUACGUAAAGGUGGUAAAGCGAGAAGAGGUACGU